AUGUCUAUUACACGUGGGUUACUAGAUCUUUAUGUGUUAGCGACAUCGGCUUCAAAAGUGGGAACUUGUAUUGUUUCUAGCCAAACCUCAGCUAUUUGCCAUCAUGUAAAAACGUCCAGUGUUUUUAGUCCUACAACUUACAAGGAACAUAUGGAAAAUUCAGAACAGGUUCAGCGUUCCCCUGUCCCUGCUAUACAAAAGGAGAUCAAUAAUAAUAUAGAUAAGCCUAUUAUUACUGAAAAACCAACUGUGGACACCUCUGAACCGUUUAAUGAAUCAUCGGUAUCGAAAGCAGCAGUAUUACCAACGCCGGAGCCAUUAUCACAAAACUUCGCUUCAUCCGAAGUUAUUCCUGCGACAGUUCCGGAAGAUGUACCUCAAAAACUGAAGAAUGAAAUAUCUGAUUCAUCUGUUAAAGCUUCUAAAUUAAAUGUGAUAUCCGAAAGUAAGCCUAUUCCCAUUCCAGCCCUGGAACAGGCGGCAACAAUUACCGAAAACAAGGACAGCGUAAUCGAAGAACAGCAACGUAGAGUGCUUAAAGAAUCGCGUAUUCCUACUUCUAGAUUCGGGCGAUUGUGGAAUUAUGGUACCUUGGCUACCAGCAUGGGUAUGGGUGCAUUAAAUGAGUCUUUCAAAAGAGCAACCGGUUUUUCUCAAGAUAGUUCAGGCUCGGUUAUUCUCAGUGAGAGUAACGUGAACCGUUUAGUUGAAAAGUUAUCUCGUAUGCGAGGAGCUGCCUUAAAGAUGGGUCAAAUGCUGAGUAUUCAAGGUAUACAAGCAACCGGUGAUAAGACAGGUUUGUCCCCUCAACUUGAACAAAUCUUACUACGUGUUCACGACAGCGCAAAUUAUAUGCCUCGCAAACAGAUGGAAAAAAUUAUGAGUAAAGAGUUGGGCAGUGAUUGGCAAUCGUACUUCAACGAUUUUGAUCCAGUGCCUAUUGCUGCUGCAUCCAUAGGUCAAGUCCAUGCUGCCAAAUUAGCGUCUACAAACGAGCCGGUAGUGAUCAAAAUUCAGUACCCAGGUGUGGCAGAAUCCAUCGAUAGUGAUUUGAGUAAUCUAAAAGCAUUAGUGACAUUUAGCAAUCUGCUACCUCGAGGGCUUUAUUUGGAUAAUACAAUCAAAGUAACCAAGGAAGAGCUAGCCUGGGAGUGUGAUUAUGUUAGAGAAGCGAAUAACGCUAUUCGUUUCAGAGAGUUGCUGGCAGGUGAUGAAAGAUACAAAGUGCCUAAAGUGAUUAAAGAGCUUUGCACACCGAGAAUCCUCGUAAGUGAAAGACUGCAAGGCCGUGUUUUGAGUAAAGCACUGGGAGAAACACAAGAAAUUCGUAAUCAGGGUCUAUCGUUUAUUGAAAAGCUUGGUGAGAGACUUUUACGUCUUUGCUUAAGAGAAGUGUUCACCUUCAGAUUUAUGCAAACUGAUCCUAACUGGUCUAACUUUUUUUACAACAAAAGUCAAAUUGAGUUGCUGGACUUUGGUGCUUGUCGUCAAUUCCCUGAUAAAUUUGUAGAACUCUAUGGAUGUAUAUUGGCAGCGGCAGCUAAUAAUGAUAGAGAAGGUGUGUGGAGACAUUCAGAAGAGUUGGGAUUUGUGACAGGCUAUGAAACGGAAAUCAUGAAGAAUGCACAUAUUGAUAGUGUUAUGGUUCUGGGAGAGCCUUUCAGAGAAACUGCGCCUGACACAUUUGACUUCUCUAAUCAAACCAUUACACAGCGGAUCCGUGAAACUAUUCCAGUCAUGCUCCGCCAUCGUUUGACACCCCCACCAGAUGAAAGCUAUGGCCUCCACAAAAAGCUUUCAGGGGCCUUUCUACUCUGCACAAAAUUAGGAAGCCAAUUUGAUACGAAAACUGUGUGGGAAGAAGAAGUAAAGAGAGUGCUCAAUAAUAACAGUACAUUGUAA